UCGGUUGCUUGCUGACUGAUUUUGGUACUUAUUUUGGUACUCAUAUUUGUCCAAGUUAUCUGAAUCUCUUACCGCCUCGAUUGUAAUACCCAGUCUGCAGCGUAAUUCUAUGUUGGAUUGUACGGAGGGUUUUGUCAUGUGCUGCACGUGAAAAAAUCUUACCAUCACCAAAAGGGAUGGACCAGCUCCAGGCGCACGUCAGGAGGAUUGACGACAGCUUCCAGGUACUCUUGUCCGAGCUGGAGCUGAGCCCCAGGUUCUACCGGCUCCUCCUGGCCAAGGACGUCUUCUCUUCGGAGCAGAUCAAACGAAUAAAGGCUGAAUCCACCACCGGCCGGCGGAAGGCGAGGUUAUUGACCCUGCUGAGGCAGCAGGACCCGGAUGUAGUGGGCAGGUUUUGUGACGUACUCGUCGACACGAACCAGAGAGAACUGGAGAGACUACUCAGGGACAAGCAGCGCCAAAAUGAGGGAACAUUUACACGUUUUAACGCAACGAAACAUCCUGUCCUCUAUGUGUCAGUGGACCAAGACAGCCAUCGUCUUGAGACUGGACAGAGACUAAAGUUAAAGACGAAGGCAAAGAAACUGGCAGGAGAGAUUGAGGCGGGUUUGGAGGAUGAAAACUUUGUGCUGGAGCGGUUGGUGGGCGGGAUGCUGAGAACCCGAGCAAAGGCCCUGGAGGAGAGGUUACUACAGGACAAGAUCAGGACUCAGCAGAAGGCCAUGGAGAAACAGAUGCUGAAGGACUUACAGGUGAAGGUACAGGCUCUCGAAAAGGAACUCAGUGACUUCAGAGAGGCACAGAAGAUGAUUUAUGAAGAGAAAGAAGACGCCAUUAGAGACAGAGAUCUGGCGACCUCGAGGAUCUCGGAGUUGGAGCGGGAGCUGGAGGAGGUGGUGCAGGAGCGGGACUUCAUGAGGCGGGAGCGGGACGCCGCCGUGCGAGCUGAGUGGUUAGCGACUCUGGAGAAGACACAGCUGAUGAGAGCCAGGGAGGAAAAAAACGCAGAAGGAGCGCCCCCAUUAGGAUUACCCAAGAAGCGCACCUUACAACCGAAGAUGAAACCUGUGUCAAGGUCAUCAUCGGAUUCCAGCAAGAUGGCGGACUUCAAGGCUCAAAUCGCCGCACAAAACCAGAAGCUGAUGGACUGUUUCAAGGCCAACGACAUGAAGGGCCUUUCCGAGCUGUACGCCGAGGACUGUAAACUACUGGUGCCGGGGAAGGAGACAGUGCAUGGCCGCCAAGGCAUGGCGACGUCUUUGUCGGGUAUGUGGGCGGAGGGUGCUCGCUCCCUGGAGUUGGUUACCGAGGAACUGGAACAGAUGGGAGACGAUGCUGCUUACGAGCGCAGCGCCUACACCGUCUGGAAGGAGGACGGCAGCGUCAUCGAUGUGGGCAAGUACGUUGUCAUCUGGAAGAAGAUCGGUGGUUCCUGGAAGUUGUACAUCGACGUCAACAACUCCAACAAAGCCUGAGACUCCAUCUGCCAGCUCCCGGGCCACAGCAUCCGAUUAUCGAUGAUUGCAGCCCUGACGACAGAUGUGCUGAUGACACACGAACCUGCCUGAUGGAUCAAACAAGCAGCAUUUAUAUUUUAGAUGCUUCCCGGUUAUUUCGAAUAUCAAGUAGUUGUAGUCUUGCAUGAGAUAACGUUCUGUAGGAUAGGGUGUAGAGAAUAAGGCCUAACAGAGAGAUCUCCGUACGCUAAAUAACUGCUACAAUUCACAGAAAUUCACAACUGUAGUAAAGGUUUUACUAAAACGUGUGUAUCCUGAACAAACAGGGGAGGGGGGUGAAAAGGAAUAAUGUGGACUGAGUCUCAUAUGGAUAAUGGCCGGUAGCAAUGUUGCAGGCGAACGUAACAAUGUUCUGGUAAAUCAGCAUCAUUUGGUUGAUAUAUGAAACUAAUGUAAUGAAUUUGAAUGAGUUUCAUAAAGUAGAUGUAAUAAUUAUUGGUCAAAUUGCAAAUUUGCACCUACCCUUACGAUCUGGAAUGCAUUUUCAUUUACUCAUAUUUCAUUUUUUUCUUUCUUCAGUGUGUCGUAAUGUCAGUGUGAAAUUGCUAAUAGUCGCAGCUAUAUUCAACACUAAGUAGUGAGCUGUGAACACGGUGUGUUUCGUUAAUAGUUGAAACACUGAAACCUUUAAAUACAAUUUCCAAUUGGGGAAUGUCUUCGGGUGACCUUCAUGUAUCAAUAUGUGAUGAGCCUAACACGUCAAGAGACAGAAAGUAAUGCUGGUUCCCUGGAUUCUUCAGAGAGAGAACAUGUCUGUGUUUGUAGUGUAAACAGGUGCCACAUACUAAGUAGAUUAUGUUACACUGGAACUUCCUGUCCUCCCGCCUUCGCUCUGCUGCGUGCAGUAUUGUCAGAGCUGAGCCGAAAACCCUUACAUUACCUGCCCUGUCCGUUUUAUACCAACAGUACUGUAUUACUUAUUUCUCAUAACCCGCCAUGUCAAACAACCAAGCAAAUCUGUUAAUAGAUGCUUCACAAGCAGCAGAUAUCUACUCUAGUAUUACACAUGACGUCACAGGACAGUAGUCACACCAGUUUUGCGACUAAAAGAUAUUGAGGUGAGAGGUCAAGCAAGAGUUGAAACCUGUCAUCUGAUACGGUUUGGACACCGACAUCGCGUUGUGUAUGUAUGUAGUACUGUAUUGCGUUUACAGAAUCUGUAGGAAUAUUUCACAUCUCAUAUGGGUUAGAUUUUGUAUACACUAAGUCUUAGUGUCAGUAAAAAAAAGAGUUUUGGCACUUAAAAGUACCUGGCGAUGUGUAUCAUGGCUUUUGUCUAGGAU